GUGGUUAUCCUCCCAUCCGCUCCAAGGGUACACGCGCAUUCACCUGCUGCUGCUGUCAGCACAUAUGGCAUUUUAAACAAUUCCGUUUUAUAUGUAUUGCUUGUUCUUGUCGCUAAUUGUUUUGUUUUUCGUGUAAUUUUUACAAAAUGACUCCACCACUUACUAUUUCGUCUAGUGUCAUCGAUCGUUUGCAGUAUGCACGUUCGAAUACUACAGGUCGUUUGUACGGUGUAAUGUAUGAUAACACCCUUACCGUUCUGUCAUUUGCGGUCAAUAAAUCUGACCAGGAAUGUUGCCUGGAGCCUACUGAUUUACAACCGAACAUGCCUGCUGAAAUUGAUCUUUGUGGUGUUUUGUUCAUUGGCGAAGGCGAGGAACCAAUUCCAGCUGCUUUUAAGGACAUUGACAUUACAGACAACCCACUACUCAUCAAGUAUUCUCUGAAAGACGCCAAUGUCCAGGCAUAUUAUUAUGUGCACGAAGUGUUACAAUCUGCCCAAAAAGUUGAAAUCAUAAGCGAAGAAGAUAUUUGGGAAAGAUUUUUUUACAUCAGAGUUCAAACGUGUUUCCCAAUUGUUACCACUAAGGAGGAGGUUGAAAAGGCUCUUCAAGAAACUAGAAAAAAUAUAGCUUCAGGGAUCGUAGCGUUCGGAUUUUCACAGAAAAACUUCUACCUCUUUGACACAGAUAGCGACAGUAAAAACGUAUCAAUAAAAGAUGAACUCGCAUCGAAUGAAAAUUUAUUACAAAACCAGAAGAAUCACAUCGCCAAAAAUGUUCCAGAGAUCACAGAAGCCAUUCCAGCGCGAAUGUUAUGGGGUACGUCACGUGACAAAGCUCCGGAAUCUACUCUGAAAUGUGCACCAGCUUUGCAUCACAUAAAACGUUCUUUCGAGAGUCUUCAAUUUGACCUUCAAAUCGAUGCGUUGUCAGUCGUUGGAAACAACGUAACGGCUGCAAACCUGUACGCGAUUCUCGUUGAAUCCGUUUGUCGAAAUAUUCGGUUGAUCGAGAGAUCAUUCGUUGAGCAAAUGAAGGAAAGUGACGAGCUCAGGCUUCCAGUACCGUUGCACUUCAAACCACGUGCUUGCGGACAUUUGAUCACGGUAACUUAUCCGGUGGGAAAACCCGAUGAGAAGUUGUAUGAUUACCGAAAAAGUCUACACAAAGCUCUCGCACUCGAUUUGACUCGACCCUACUUCAGAAGAAGCAACGUCGUCAAGUUUUCAAGUGAUUUGACCAGCAAUGAGCCUUUACUGAAUCCUCAUGUUGCCAUCGUUUCCCCACCAUCAGACAGGAAAAUUGCAACUGUCGAUGGGUUGUAUGCUUAUCAUCAUUACAUGCAGGACAGUUUUGAUGACAAUGGAUGGGGAUGUGCUUACAGAUCACUUCAAACGAUUGUCUCCUGGUUCAGGCUCCAGGGUUAUACGAACGUGGAUAUUCCAUCUCACCGAGACGUACAAAAAUGUCUGGUCGAAAUUGGUGACAAACCUUCGAAUUUCAUAGACAGCAAACAAUGGAUCGGUUCAACGGAAGUUGGUUUCGUACUAGAAACCCUAUUGGGCAUCACUGUAAGAAUACUCUGUGCCUCGAACGGUGAAGAAAUGUCAGAUCUGGCAAGUGAUCUUGCCCACCACUUUGAAACACAGGGGACACCGGUUAUGAUUGGCGGCGGAGUGCUGGCACACACAAUACUGGGUAUCAGUUACAAUGAAACAUACGAUGACAUCAAAUAUUUAAUUCUGGACCCGCAUUACACAGGCGCAGAGAACUUGUCAGUAAUAUUGAACAAAGGUUGGUGCGGAUGGAAAAACAAAGACUUCUGGAAAAAAGAUGCCUUUUACAAUAUGUGUUUACCACAGAGGCCGGUUAUAAUUUGAUUGCAAUAUUGUAAAUAAAUAAUUAUUGAUCUAAAUGAACGAAAAAGAAAAAAAAACCAACUGUAAAAUAUUAAAUUACAUACAUGCAAUGAACGCCUAAAACUUUUAUCUUACUGGUGGAAAUGGUUGCAACUAUUUUUAAUGUUUCAUCAGGAUGCAACUUAUGAGUGUAAUAAUUUUUAUGUGGAUUAUGGAGCAUUGAAUAAACGACUUUUCACAUCUUA